GCCACACCUUCAAAGGGAACCUAUCUUCUUGGGGAAGUGUUGCCCCAAGAGCUGGGCUGUAGUUUAAAAGGCCAUGUCAGGGAGAAUAUUUUUGAAUUAAUGAGGGAGUUUAGAAUGCUAAGGGAAAAGUUCCAUUAGCAAUUUCAGAAGAAAACAAGUUUUAAGGGAGAGUGGCAUUCUAAAUUGUCAUUCUACCAUAAUUUGAUCCAUAAUUUAAUAGUAAAUCACAAUAUUUUUCUUUCCUGAUAUCAACUUAAGAGUGACUAUCCUCAUAAUACAAAGUAUGACUUCGAGUUUUCCUGCUUCCAGUACAUCCAUGAGAUCUGAGAGGGAUACAUAUGUUGGAAAAGGUUUUGUUCAUGUUAAAAAUCCUUACCUGGACUCUAUGGAUGAAGAUGUUCUCUAUCACUUGGAUUUAGGAACAAAAACACACAACCUACCAGAAAUGUUUGGGGAUGUAAAGUUUGUCUGCGUUGGUGGAAGCCCUAACAGAAUGAAAGCAUUUGCACUCUUUAUGCACAAGGAGCUCAGAUUGGAAGACAGUGAAGAGGACGUCAAGGACAUCUGCGCCGGGACUGACAGAUAUUGUAUGUACAAAAUUGGUCCCGUGCUCUCUAUCAGUCAUGGCAUGGGCAUCCCCUCCAUUUCUAUUAUGCUUCAUGAACUCAUUAAAUUACUGUACCAUGCCCGGUGCUGUGACGUGACCAUUAUCAGAAUUGGUACAUCAGGGGGAAUAGGGAUUGCACCGGGGUCUGUUGUAAUAACAGAUAGAGCCGUAGACUCCUUUUUUAAGCCCCAGUUUGAACAGGUAAUCUUGGAUAAUGUUGUCACCAGAAGUACUGAACUUGACAAAGAACUGGCUGAGGAACUAUUCAACUGUAGCAAAGAAAUUCCCGACUUCCCAACCCUCAUUGGACAUACGAUGUGUACCUAUGAUUUUUAUGAAGGCCAGGGUCGACUAGAUGGAGCGCUGUGCUCCUUUUCCAGAGAAAAGGGGUUAGAUUACUUGAAAAGAGCAUAUAAUGCCGGCAUCAGGAAUAUCGAAAUGGAAUCUACGGUGUUUGCGGCCAUGUGUAGACUUUGUGGUCUAAAAGAAAAGAGCCCAUAAAAUAUGUCAUCUAUCAAAUGUGUUUUAUAGUGUACCUACUGAGUGCAUAGCAAAAUACAAGAAGCUUGUUUUUUAAAUCAAAUCUUUGGCUGAUAAGAUUUGUCUCAAUCAUUAUCUUCCUAAAGAAAGAAGGACUUCUGUGCAUCAGCCAGUGGCCUGAGCACCCAAGCAGUAGGGACAGAGCAGAGGAUGACGCAGACAGAAUCUCUGCCCUUGCGAAGUCUAGGGGGUAGACAAACAACAACAGAGAGCAAUCUAUAAUAAUAUGGUAAUAUGUUAGAUGCCGAGGAGCAUGAUGGUGAGAAAUAAGGCAGGGAAAGGGCACAGGGACAACCAAGGUAGGGAGGAAAGCCAUACAUUAAAAUAGGGAAGGGUGCACAGAGAAGGUGCCAUUUAGGAAAAUGCCACGUGGGUGUCUGGGCAAAAGCAGUCCAGGAAAUGCAAAUCUAAGGCUACCAGGCAGGAGCAUUCAGAGUGUGCCGGAGAAACAGGGAGACCAGUUUGUGGCUGGAGGGGAGUGACAGCAGUGGAGAGGGUAGGAGAUGGAGGGAGUAUGGACUGUGUGGUCCCUAUGAGAACUGUGACUUUCACUCUGAGAGAUAUGAGAAGUCAUUGCUUUGAAUAGAGAGGUGACGGGAUCUGGCUUGCGUUUGAACAGGAGCACACUGGCUGCUGAUCUGGGAAGAGCCUACUGGGGUUAAGGGCAGAAGCAGGGAGAGAAGUAAGAGGGCUGAUACAGUAGUCUAGGGAGAGAUGAUAGACCAGUACAACAACAGUGGAGGAGGUGAGAAGUAGUCAUAUGCUAGAUACGUCUUGAAGGCAAAUCCAACAAGAUUUGUUGACAAUUUGAUGUGAAUUUGGAGAGAAACGCGAGUGAAAAACGACUUCCAGGUUUUGGGCCUGAACAGCUGGAAGGAUGGAGUUAUCACAAUUGGGAUAGAAAAAAUUGGGUGAGGAUUUGGCAGUACUGUAGUAGACAUCAAAUGAGGCUAAGUGAGCAGGUGGAUUUAUGAAUCUGGAGUUUAGGUGAGAAAUUUGGACUGGGGAAGUAAAAUUGGAAGUUGACAGCAUAUAGAUGGCAUUUAAAGCCAUGUAACAAAUGAGAUGACAAAGUGCCUGAGUGUAGAAAUGGAUGAAAAAGUCAGGGGAGGUGAGGGAGAUCCAGCAGAAACUAAGGAAACGUCGUCAGUGCAAUUGGCAGUAUACCUGGAGAGUCUAGUGUCCCAGCCCCAAAGAAGAAAUCCUCAAAGAAGUAAAGAAUUACAGCCUGAUAAUGCCUUACUGGAUCACAAGUGGAACUUUAAUUCUAAUACUUGUCCUUAUUGUCAAUCAAUUUUAAUAUACAAAACUACAAACAAAAUGUAUGCGGUAACAUGUCUAAAAGCACAUUUUAGAAAGGAGUUAUAGGUCACAAGAAGAGAUUAAUUGUAGAACCACUACUCUCCUCUCAGAAUGAAUGUACACACAAAUCCCUGUAACAUAUGAGUAAAGGAUGCAAGUGCAUCCUUGUCCUCUUUAGAAGGCCAUCGUUAAUACCUCCUUUCAGGGAAACAAUAGCAUCUGCUUUUCUCUCCACAAGCUAGUGGGAGUGGGAGCCCCAGCGGCGGGCAGCUUGCCCUUUCCUGAGCAGCAGCCUAACCAGCACAUGACCUGCAGGAACACCUGGAUUCAAAUAUUUCUGCUCCAGGAAAUGUUUCCUCACAUUUCUUUCUUAUGGAAACAGCAAGCGGUCACUUGAGUCAUGGCUCCACCUGACAUGCAGAUGGAGGAAAAUUUGGUAACCAGUUUAGUCAAACAUAAAAUGCUACGUCACGAACUGCUGCCCUGAUGUAAGUUUAGUGAUGACCAUCAGUUCUUUCUUAAGAGGCAGCCAGAGAGAGUUCUAGGCUUAUGAACCCCGGACCCGAGUCUUUCUCUCUUUGAGGGUGUUGCCAAAACCUCAGCGAUGUUAUUCUGUUAUGAGGGAUUUUUUUGUCCUUGCCACGAACCCUUGUGACCUUGCCUUCUCUGCCAGCUGCAGGUACCUUCCUGGACUCUGUCCACUCUAGCUUGCUGUAGUUCCUGCCCCAUGCUGCAUUUUCCUUUUUCUGCUGCUAUUGGAGCUGUUGGUAGCUGAUUUCAACCUGCCAAUAGCUCUCUUCCAGGACACUGCUGCAGCCUUUCCAUUGAGCAGACCCCUUCUAGGCUGCCAACAUUCACACUAAAGGUUGUAUCUGUAACUCUGUAAUUCUGUAGUUCUUGGGAGUAUUUCUGUCCAAAUUUCUUCAUGGUGACAGGGACUCUUUAUCUACCUCAGACACCAUCGUUUCCAAAGGUGCACUCCUGGUACA